UAUAUUUCAUUAUUUCAGAGAUAUACACAAUCCUAGGCGGUGCUGAAUAAGUAUCCCUUCUUCUUCCUCUCUUAUCUGUCAUUUCCAAGAGGAAAGUUUGCAUCCUCUGGCUUUUAUAGAACCCGUUCUUCUAAGGAAGACUAGAUUCAUAAUUAGAAAAGACUUUCCACUCUAAUCUUCUCUGAUUAGUUGGAGGUUAUUAAAUAGCGAUAAUGUCUAACGCGACGAGAUCGCUGCCACUUGUUAGUUAACUGGUUAACGUGGCAAAGCAUAAGGAAUUAGUGUGUUCUUUCAGAAAUCAUUAAGAUUAACCGUGAAAAUAAGGAUCGAACUUUCUGCGCAAAGAAUUUGUGAAAUCUGGAUAUUGCGCUACAAAACCGAAAAUAAUCUCGACGAAUCGAUUGUGUCCACAACAUCUGAUCUUGAUGAAAAUACACAAUCAGCUGUCAGCAUUUAUCGCCUGCUGUUUAUCUCUUUUGAUAAUAACAGUUCAGUCUGGAACGUUUUCAUUUGCCAGUUGUAUCCUGAUUAAUUCUGACGAUCGAUUAUUAGGAAAGAGAGAGAUACUGUAAAGCGCACUUCAAAAGAUUUACUGAUUUUAAUUAGCUUGUGGCUAUAAUUUGAUACCAAUGAUUUAUUUUGCCAUUUGGUUGAAGUGAUUACCCCAUAAAAUCUGAAUUUGAUAUGUAAUUAUGCAUUAUCGAUUUGAAAAAGGAUAACGUCUCAUGCAUAAAAGAAGGAUACAGACAAGAAUCUUGAGGGAUCUUGCAUGGUGUAUUUUUCUAUUAUUUCUUAUUUCUCUAAUCGAAAUGAGAUAAGUUAGUUAGAAAGUCAAUAGACUAUGCGGGCUACCACGAGCUUGAAAUCUUGACAAAAAGAAGAUUUAUUUUUUAACAAACAAUGGCUUGUGAUGCUCUUAUUUGGGGAUUGUUGUUUGUGGGAUGUAGUAUACAGGUGUUAUGGGCAAUAUCUGAAGAUGAUGCAUCAGAAUAUAUGAACAAGAAAGAAAGAGAAGCUUUAAAAGAAGAAGCAAGAGAUAUGUUUUAUCAUGCAUAUAAUGCAUAUAUGGAUAAUGCAUAUCCUGCUGACGAACUGAUGCCAUUAAGUUGUAAAGGACGAUAUAGAGGCUCAGAACCGAACAGGGGUGAUAUAGAUUCUACAUUAGGAAAUUUUUCACUUACUUUGGUAGAUACACUAGAUACAUUAGUGGUGUUGGGAGAUUUGGAAGAAUUCGAAAAUGCAGUCAAACUUGUUGCUAGAGAUAUAAGCUUUGAUACAGAUGUUAUCGUUUCCUUAUUUGAAACAAAUAUUAGAAUGCUUGGAGGUCUUCUUAGUGGCCAUAUAUUAGCUGAAUAUCUGCAACAAAGGGCUGAUAUAAUGCCAUGGUAUAGAGGAGAACUUUUGAAUUUGGCUAAAGAUUUAGGAUAUAGAUUUUUACCUGCAUUUAACACAACUACUGGAAUACCUUAUGGCAGAGUAAGUUUGAUACUCAACGAUGUGCAUUGGGGGCAUCAUCCAUUGAGACCAGAAUUUUUAGAAUCAACCUAUUUUUUGUAUCGAGCCACGGGUGACCAUUAUUAUCUGGGAGUCGGACGUAAAGUACUCAAAAGUCUGCAAACAUAUGCAAGAGUGCCGUGCGGUUAUGCAGCUGUAUCAGAUGUUAGAACUAACAAACACGAUGACACAAUGGAUAGCUUUGUAUUAUCCGAAACAUUUAAAUACUUAUUUUUAUUAUUUGCGGAACCAGGCGAAUUGGUUUUAGAUUUAGACGAAUUUAUUUUUACUACUGAAGGUCAUUUAUUGCCACUUACACUCGCUUCUAUAAGGACAAAUAUUUCAUCUGAUUUUGAGCGUGAUAUUGUACAUGUGGAUGAAUUUGAUCGUACUUGCCCAAAUAGUUUACAUUUGUUUCCGGCAUCAGUGAGGCAACCUUUAAGGAAUAUGGUUGAAGACGUCUGUCCGAGACGAUCGAUUAAACGAAGAUUAAGUGCAUCACAAUUUCAGGCGAAUAAUUUAGAACAUCUGAAAAUGUUGAGUGAUAUGGGAAUAACAACUUUAACACUAGCAGAUGGACGGAUUCAACUUUUGCACACAUUUUCUAAUGCAAAAACACCACAAGAUUCAGAGGAAGGAUUAUUGUUUAUGCAGGAAAUGGUUGAACUCACCAAAAUCCAAAUGCAACAACCAGAAACUAAACCACAAACAGUAACAUUUAUCAAACCUAAUACGGAUCCACCAGAAAAAGUAACAUUGCUGGCUGGGCCAGCACAAUUCGGACCUGAACUACAGAAUUUCGAUAAGAUUACUGGAAAAGUGAUAUUUACAUAUCCACCCGCAGCUUGCACAGAUUUACUAAAUGCAGAUAGAUUGGCGGGCAAGAUAGUAAUUAUGGAUCGUGGAAAUUGCAUGUUCAUAGAAAAAGCUCGGAGAAUUCAACAAGCUGGCGCUCUUGCUGGAAUAGUAUUAGAUAAUGUCGCAGGUUCGAGUGCAGCAACUUCGCCCAUGUUUGCAAUGUCAGGCGAUGGAAAAGAAAUUGAUGACGUCACAAUACCUGUCGUAUUCCUCUUUUUCACAGAGGCAGCCGAACUAAUGAAA